AUGAAUCGCCACAUAUGUACACGAAGAACUCUCGGCCUCGCCAUCCGCUCUUUCGCCAACGUCGAGCCCGUGUUUAUUCCCCGACGGAGUCUCUAUGAAAGCUCGCAGCCGCCACAAUCGCCGAAGUUUCCUGUGCCUGAAAACGACGAGGAGACUCUGUUGAGAAGGGAAAGAGAGCGUCCAGCAUGGCAGAUUCAAAAAGAAGCUCUGAGGGAAAAGCUAGGAGGUGAGGCAUGGAAUCCGCGCAAGAAGCUUUCGCCAGACACGAUGGACGGCAUACGCCAUCUACACAACUCGCAACCAGACAAGUUCACUACGCCUGUCCUCGCAAACCACUUCAAAGUCUCGCCAGAAGCUAUCCGACGGAUAUUGAAGAGCAAAUGGCGACCUUCAGACGAAGAGCAGGACGCGAGGAACGAGAGGUGGGACAAGCGAGGCGAGAGGAUCUGGACCAACAUGGUGGAGAUGGGCAUCAAGCCGCCAAAGAAGUGGAGAGAUAUGGGAGUUGGAAGGGCAGAAAAUGGAGAGAGGCCUGUAUGGAAAUCCAGACCAAGGAACAUGAUUGAGAUUAGGGACAGCGCGCCUGAGGAGCUUGUCCCUGAAGAGGACAUCAUACCGACUGCGGAGUCGUCUGGAAAGCCAAAGCCAAGGGUCAAUAUUCCUUUGUCUGAGCGACUUUGAUACCUGGAAAAUGAAUAU